AUGAGAAUAAUACAGCUAGCCGUAGUAGUGUGUGGAUGCAUAGGAGCUUGUUUCAGCAGGUUUGCAGUCGGAGACAAAUACACUUUAUCCUCUUCUAAGCUGCACUAUAAUCUAAGCAAGAUGAACGAGCUUCAUGACAAGCACAGAGAUGAUAUGCUGGAUAACAAUGUGCAUGGCAUGCUAGCAGAAGCCAAAGAUGAAUACGAAAAUAUAAUGAAGCUAAUAGAAGAGCACAGCAUUUGCGAGGACAAUGAGGAUCUGUAUGAUUACAAAAGAGGCCUGUAG